AUGCCGUACAGGGUCGCCAGACGCGCGCUGCCGUUAGUCUCAUAUGUUUCCCCUCGUCGGCCGCUCUUUCCCACGUCAUACCGCUUUCCUCGUCGCCCGCAAUUUCCCUCAUCUCCCUCGCCGACCCUCGCUGCCCUCGCCUCUGCUUGUCGCCCGCGCUUCCCGUCGUCGCCCUUGCUUCCCCGUCACCCGUGCUUCCCGUCGUCGCCCUUGCUUCCCCGUCACCCGUGCUUCCCGUCGUCGCCCUUGCUCUCCCGUCACCCGCGCUUCCCGUCGUCGCCCUUGCUUCCCCAUCACCCGCGCUUCUUCUCAUCUCUCGCUCUCCUCCUCAACGUCUUCGUUUUCCUCUUCGCCAUAACGCCCUCGCUUCUGCCCGUCGCCCUCGCCUCCCCACAUACCACCCGCCUUCCUCCCCACAUUCUAUUCCGCUUGUCAUACGCUCUUCUCCUCUUCCUCCCUUCCAUCUCUCCCUCCCUCCCUCUCCCUCUCUCUAUCUCUCUUUCUUCGAACCUCUCUCUCACCCUUUCUUCCACCCUUCUUCCUCCUGAGGGGAAGGGACUGAAUGAGAGACACAGAGGGGAUAGGACAGAAGGCCCUGCUUCCCCCUUUGCCCUGAUUCCUUCCACCUUCUGCCCUGCUCCCCCCCAUCCCCUUCCCUGCUCCCCCUCACCCUCUGCCCUGCUUCCCCUCAUCCCAUUCCCUGCUUCUCCCCACCCCCUACCCUGCUUCCCCCCAUCCCCUUCCCUGCUUCCCCCCAUCCCCUUCCCUGCUUCCCCCCAUCCCCUUCCCUGCUUCUCCCCAUCCGCUUCCCUGCUUCCCCCUACCCUCUGCCCUGCUCCCCCCCAUCCCCUUCCCUGCUUCCCCCCAUCCCCUUCCCUGCUUCUCCCCAUCCCCUUCCCUGCUUCCCCCCAUCCCCUUCCCUGCUUCCCCCCAUCCCGUUCCCUGCUUCCCCCCAUCCCCUUCCCUGUCUCCGUGUUACCCGUUUCCUUGUCCCUUUUCCCUGUGUCUCCCCACCCUCUGUUCUUAUUCCUUCACCCUCGCACACCUUACCGCCUGCCGACCUUACCGCCUGCCCACCUUACCACCUUCCCUUCUCAUCCGCGCGCAGGUGUGCCCGGAAGGUGCACGUGCUGCCUUGUGCCUGCCGCUUGCUGUCCACGCCUUCCAUCCCACCUCUCCCAAACCACGUCUUUUUCUAUAUGUGCCUCCCCUGCUGGCCCAUACCCUCUGCUGAUCUGCGCCCUAUGA